AUGGGAUGCACGGCGUCCACGCGACGUGCAGGGCGGGGCUCGCUCGUGUUCGAGGUCUCAGGGUACGGCCGAGUUAGCCUCGACGUACAAUCAUCGGAAGUAUUCACCGUCGGCUCUUACGACUGGCAGAUUCGUUUCUAUGAGGAAGGAGUGCUUGGGCAUUCCGGAGGCUAUGUGGCGGUCUAUCUCUUUUUGGUCAGCAAGAAGGCCAAGGUGAGGGCAACCUUCGAGCUCAGUUUGGUGGACAUCACAGGAUCAACGGCGCCUCGUACGAUGAGGACGGUCGCCGCAGAAUUCGACUCUGGCGACCGAACGUGCUUCGGCCAUCCCGAGUGCAUGAAGAAGAACAAGCUCGAGGUGUCGCCUUACCUUCGCGGCGAUCGCCUCACAAUUGAGUGUGCCAUCACUAUCUGCACGGAAGCGCCCAAAUCGUUUGCUGAGGUGCUGUUGCCGCCAUCCGACAUCACGGAUCACCUCAGGAAGUUGUGGCAACGGAAAGAGGGAAGCGAUGUCACCUUCGAGGUUCAAGGGGAGGCUUUUCCUGCCCACAAGAUAGUGCUCGCAAUGCGGUCGCCGGUGUUUAAAGAAGAGUUGUACGGUGCCUUGAGGGAAAAUGAUAUGGGUCGUGUUAUCAUCGGCGACAUGCAACCUCUAGUCUUCGAGGCCCUGCUCCAUUUUAUAUACACCGAUUCGUUGCCCACCAUGGAUGAUCUUUACCAAUAUCAAGAUGAGUACAAAGAGAUUAUUGGACAUUUGCUUGUAGCCGCGGAUCGGUAUGCCAUGGAAAGACUGAAGAUCAUAUGUGAAAGCAUCCUUUGCAAGAACAUAGAUGUGAAGACCGUGGUGACUACACUGGUUUUGGCUGAUCAGCAUCACUGCAACAAGUUGACUGAUGCUUGCAUUGAAUUUAUUGCCUCUUUGGGUAAAGUGGAUGAUAUAAUAGCAAGCCAGGGAUAUGUUGAGCUCAAAAGAACCUGUCCUUUGGCUUUACUGGAACUGUGGGAGAAGGCAACUAGGCUCUACAUGAUAUAG